AACAGUAAGUGAAGGAAAUUUCUCCUUUGAAGGAAAUUUCCUGUCACCAGAACCAGUUCCCCUUUGUACAAACUCCCCCUUAUUCCUGCUCCGAUUAUGAGUGCACCAGUUUUAGUAAAUCUACCCCAGUGUGGAGGCGGACUGACCAUUUGGAAACUCAGGCACUGCCGAGGGCUCGGGGUCAGUAGGAGGCCCCAUGAGAUGCCCCUGGUACCGUUUUUCAUAGGCUUUUUUGAGUUUGGGCAAGGACACAGGGGCCCCAUGAUCCCCUAUUGCCCAGGGGCCCUA